AUGGCGACAGAGACGGUGGAGCUCCAUAAGCUGAAGCCUGCUGAACUAAAGCAGGAAUGUCUUGCUCGUGGUUUGAAAACCAAGGGACUAAAACAAGAUCUCAUCAACAGGCUCCAGGCGUAUCUUGAAGAGCAUGGUGAAGAGGAGGCAGACGAGGAAGAUGCACUGGGGGAUGAAACAGAGGAAGAACCAAAGCCCUCACAACUGCCUGUCAGAGAGGAAGAACCUCCUGGAAAAGCUGUAGCAGAGAAGCACGUGGUAAAAAUUACACGUGAUAUAACACAGACUGAAAGAAUGCAGAAGAGAGCUGAACAAUUCAACGUACCUGUGAGCUCGGAGGGUAAGAAAGCUGCCUGGGCAGUUAGGUUUCACAUUUCUUUGGUUCCAACAAAAGGCCUGUCAUCUGACACCAAAACUAUGGCUAAGCUGGAUAAGCUGAAGGAAAGAGCUCAAAGAUUUGCUUUGAAUGUUUCUUCAAUCUCCAGACAGCCUGAAGAUGACGAGAAGCUGAAAAAGAGGAAGGAGCGAUUCCGGACUGUCACAAGUUCAGCGGGAACUGAAACCACAGAGGAUACAGAGGCAAAGAAGGGGAAAGGAGCUUUGGGCUGCUGCCAGCGAGGCCAGCGUGACUCGGGGACCCAGCCCCUCCGCCAGCAGCCCUGGCACCCCCAGACCCUCCCUGUCCGCGGCGCCCAGCCAGCCACUGAGCCGGGAAGGGUUGUCCUGCCCCCGUCACCUUGGCCAGUGCUGGACGUCCCCAGCCCGGGACCUGCUCGUCAUGGGGAAUUCGGGACCACCGUGCCCCUUGCCUGCAGCUCAGCCUGGCCACAGCCUCCAAACGGGGAGCCCAAGGCUGCCCUUGGCCACCAGAGGACACGGGGGUGUGGGACCCGCUACCAGUGGCUCCGCGGCAGCGAGGCAGAACGUGGCACCGCCAGCUCUGCGGGUCCGGGAGAACCUGCCCCACCUCCCCACCCCACACACUGA